GUCCUGGACCAGAGGACACGUCCUGGACCAGAGGACACGUCCUGGACCAGAGGACACGUCCUGGACCAGAGGACACGUCCUGGACCAGAGGACACGUCCUGGACCAGAGGAGCUUUCUGGACCUGGUCCUUCAUCCAGAUCUUUGCUGGACCUGGUCCUUCAUCCAGGGUUGUGGACAGGAACCUGAGGAAAGUCUUCCAGACUUAGAGAGGACCAGAAGUUUCCUGAAAGUUUCAUGAGAUAGACCAGAUUGACCAGGACCAGGACCUUUCUGGAUCUGGUUUUAGGACGUCCCCCAGUCCCCCAGUCCCCCCAGUCCCCCCAGUGGAGGUCUGACCUGCUGGACAGAGUCCAGAGAGCAGGAUGAAGACGGGGGUCUGGGACGAGGGGACAGGUCUGCAGGAUCCUGGACCAGAUCUGGAGAUGACAGGAAGAUCCACGACCCCCCUGGUUCCUCAGGUUCCUCCAGAGUCCAGGUUCUCCGGGUCUGCAGCUCGUUGGACGUCGUACUCCAGGAGCCGCUGGAAUCAGAGGAGACGUCUGGAAGGUGUCCGUCUGGAGUCCCGGUACCGGGGUCUGGCAGGACGAGAACAGAACGAUGAAACCGACAACCAGAGGAAAAAUCUGAAUAAAACUCUGCUGGAUCAUUUCAGACACCUGGAACACCUGGAAACUGACCAGGUGGAUCUCCAGUUCCUGGACCAGGUGAUCACCGAUGGAGCCGACCCAAACAGCUCAGACCGAUACGGACAAACCGCCCUGCAUGAGAUAUCCAGGGCCUGGUCUGUGGACGUGAUGCGGUUCUUCCUGGACCGGGGUUCAGACCUCCAGCGUUCAGACCAGUUUGGGGUCACCCCUCUUCAUGUGGCCUCGGCCCUGGACCACCAGGACAUGGUCCGGUUCCUGCUGGACCGGAGAGCUGAUCUGGGGGCCCGGACUCUCCUGGACCAGCAGACCCCCCUCCACUACGCUGCCAAGAACGAUGCGGUCGGUUCAAUCCGGCUGCUGCUGCAGGCCGGAGCCUCCAUCAGCUGCAGGGACCACAAACACCGGACCCCCCUGCAGCUGGCUGCCAACAUGGAGCGCAGUGAAGCAGCUCGGGUCCUGCUGGAGCUCGGGGCCGAGGCCGGAGUGAAGGACUCUGACGGACAGCUCUGCAUCACGGCCAUGAUUGGCCGGAUGAGUCCAGUGGCCCAGCUGGCGCUCGCUCAGUUCCACGUGACGGACACAAUGACGAGGCAGCGGUACUUCUACCUGAACCUGCUGGAACCAGGACCAGGACCAGGACCAGGACCUGGACAAAGACCUGGACCAGGACCAGGACAAAGACCUGGACCAGAACCAGAACCAGGACCAGAACAGGACGGUCCUGGGAACCAGGGGACCAACCAGCCGACAUCACCAGUGACAUCACCAGUGACAUCACCAGUGACAUCACCAAUGACAUCACCAGUGACAUCACCAGUGACAUCACCAGUGACAUCACCAGUGACAUCACCACUGCAGGUCGUGGUCCAGGAGGGAAAACUGGACCUGAUCAUGAACCCGGUCUUCCUCAAACUGAUCCAGGUCAAGUGGAACCUGUACGGCAGGUUGGGGGCGUGGCUAAGACUCAUCUUCAACUUCCUGUUUAACGUCUCCUGGACAACCGUCGCCAUCUCUGUCUCCGUCCACCGAGACUCACCUGAUCGCUACGUCCUGCCCAAGGACUGGUGGCGUGUCCUCCUGGUCGUCAUGGCGAUCCUGCUGACCCUGCUGGAGGUCUUCAGGGAGGUCCAGGACAUCCUGGUGUCCAGGAGGAAGCUCCGCCGGUGGAGACAGUGGGAGGAGCGUCGUCUCCAUGACGACCUGCGCUGCUGCCACCCCAUGUGGCCUCAGGAGAUCCACUUCCUUCUGCAGCAGCUCAAACGGGUUCAGAGGACGAGAGGAAGCUACAGUCUGGACCUGUGGAACGUCUGUGAUUGGCUCGUCUACUGUCUGCUCAUUACGUCCUUCAUCGUCCACCUGGCCGACGUCUUCCACCCCGUGGACUUCCUGCACGUGCUCAGUCUGCGCCUGUUCUCCAUCACCGUCAUCUUCCUGUGGCUGCGACUCAUGAAGCACGUCAGGGCCUUCAGACUGAUGGGGCCGUUCAUCGUCAUGCUGGGGAACAUCGUGGGGGACGUGAUGCGUUUCCUGUUCCUGUACCUGGUGAUCUUCAUCCCGUACGCCUGCAGCUUCUGGAUCAUCUUCGGAGGCUCCGCCUCCGUUCCCAGCAUGCAGUCUGUCUCCGGUCUGCUGUUCAGCCUGUACCGCAUCACGCUGGUGGACGAGUACGAGUUUGCUGCCAUGGCAACGGUGGACGCCGUCAUGGCCCCGCUGCUCUGUGGGACGUUCCUGGCAGCGUCCUCCAUCCUCUGUGUCAACCUGCUGGUGGCCCUGCUGACGGAGACCUUCCAGAGGGUGUACGAUAACUCGCAGGCUAACGCCGUGAUGCAGCAGGCCGCCGUCAUCCUGCAGCUGGACGAGUCCUUGCCCUGCCUCCGCCGUUUCUACGACGACCAGUACAUCUCCAAACACUGCUCCCGUUGGUCGAUGACAUCACAGGAAGCUGCCGGCGGCACCAGGAGCUGGGCAGCGUCCCGGCUCAGAUCAAGUGUCCCGGCUCAGAUCAAGGAGACUCUGGACCGAUUCCUGGUUCUACAGGGGGACCGGGAAUCAGAGACACUGGACCGGUUCCUGGUUCUACAGGGGGACCGGGAAUCCGCCCCACGCUCACAAGUCCAGACCAUACCGGAGCAGAACCACGACAUCCAGGACCAGGAGCUGCAGAGACAGGAGCUCCAGGACCAGUUCCAGGACCAGGACCAGGACCAGGACCAGUUCCAGGACCAGUUCCAGGACCAGCAGAGACAGAAGGUUCAGGACCAGGACCAGGUCCAGGACCAGCAACAACAGGAACUCCGGGCCAUCCGAGCAGAGCUGAAAGAGCUCCGGACUCUGGUCCAGCAGCUGGUUCAUAACAGGACCGAUGUUGUUCCUGAUGAGGCAUUGUAACAGCACUGUGGUCGACCUGAAUAUCAGCUUCCUACCCCCCCUGCAGAAGACGACACCUUGGAAGUUUCCUCAAACAGACUUGGAACACUAGAGCACCCCAUGGGGUGAUUUGGAACUUAGUGACAGUCAUGCCAAACGCCCGAUGGGACAUUUGGCCACAGAUCACAUCCAACUGUAAAUUACUUUUCGUCUGUCACUUGGCUUGUGUAUCCCUGCCUUUUGCGCCUUGAAUCUACGGUAUAAAAGUCUUGUCGUCGAGCCACUCUGGGCCGGCAUUUCAACCAGACACUCGUCUGUGUAGAUCCGCUCACCACCGGCUGAAUAAAAACUCACUAUACCACGAGCGGACUUAUGAACUGAUUUUGAUAAAUUCCUCAACAAUUUGGUGCCGUGACCCGGAUGGCAAUAGAUCUUCGAUGGAAACUCCUUUUCCAGAACAACGGCACAACCAGUGACUCUAUCUAAAUAUUCAGAGGUAAGGGAUCCACUUGCUAAAUCCCAAAUUAUUAUUGCUGAGUUGUUGUCAAAGGCUGUGGACUGGAGUACCAGAAAAAAGGUUGACGUCAUCCUCAAAUUUUAGUUAAGUCCGCUGUGUGGUUGUGAGCAAGGGGUUAUUGGGAAGGUUAUUGUAGAGAUGUUUAGGAAUGCUGGCAAUUUCAUAACACUUGAAUUUGAUUGUGUUGUGAGAAUGCUGUGGUUCUCCUGCCUUAGAAUUUGACUCGCUCUUCUACAAAGGUUUAAUAUCUCGGGUAACAUUAAAGAGAGAAUGGCCAGAAUGCCAUGUUGGUCUGAGUACCAAGAAUAGUCCAGUGGGACUUAUAGCAUAUGCAGGACUUGAGGUCCAAAAGAAGUGUUUGCAACACUGAGAUAUUUGUGGGAAACGGACAUAUAUGUAGAAGAACUGGUUUUUUAUAAGUGGGGAUGAUUUGAAUGAAACCCACAUUCUUGUACCCGUGAAUAGCACGCAUGUCCGACAGUGAUUGCUAGCUGAUCACAGCUAGCAAUCACAGAUGAGCAAAGGGGGAAUGUGUCAGAUAGUGUUGAAAGACUGAUAAGCUCCAAGAUUUGCAUCCUAUGAAAAAAUAUUGCAAACAUUAUCAACACUUCCCCCCACUGUGACUUUUUUGAAGCUCUGCAAAUAAACUUUAUUCAUAAACCAAAAUGUGAGGGAUAUGAAAAUGUUCUUGUAUGAAAAUGUUCUUGUAUGUGUAGAGAAUUUUUAAACUGGACUUAAAUAGACAAUGUUGACAUCCGUCAACACCCAUUAGGAAGCACAAACUCACGCCUCAUGAAAGGAUUACGGGUAGACCUGUGACUAUACCAAACAAUUCAGUUCUAUGUAUGAAAAAGAUGGACCUCCAUGCCAUGGAUGAAUCCAUGAUAUCAUUUUGUUCUGCUCUAAC